ACUAUGAACAUCUGUCAUAAUUUUUCUCCAAAACUUGUGGCAACCAAAACCAGGGCCCCGGCGCCCCGGCUGGUACCAUUGACCACCCAAUUUUGUGCAUUGACCAAAUUGACUAUUUAAGUACUGUACACGGUACGAGCACUGACAUCCCAGGGCCCCAGCAACAUAACCGCAUCCGGCACCCCCUUCCUUGCUUCGCAAACCGGACAAGCCAAAAUGAAGACCAGAACACAACAAAACCCGACCAUCUCUUCCCCACCCUUCUCCUUGGACCAAGGAAAGAAGCCGACCAUGGCAGACCCCCGUGACGAGUCCCCAGAAGCAGCCGCCACCGACGACGGCUUCGAGUUCCGUAUCCUAUCCACUGCAGGCGGCCUUCUCCCCUCUGGCGCGGGCGACAUGUGCGUGGCCGACGAGCUCUUCUCCCACGGCAAGCUCCUCCCGCUCCACCCCGCCCCCGAUUCCCCCACCCUCCCGCGGUCCGAUUCCGCCGCCGCCGCCGCCGGCCUAGGCUCGCGCUCCGACUCCGGCCGCCGCAGCGCGAGCUCCAGCGGCAGCAGCAGCAGCACCGGCUGCGUCAGCCGGAGCCACUCGUCCAAGAGCGCCGCCUCCGACGCCGUCCUCCAUGGCGCCGCCGCGGCGCCGCGGAGGUCGCUGGCGAGCAGCCUGUUCUACGCGCACCCGAGCCCGUCGCCGCAGCUGCGCAGCCGCAGCGCGCGGCCGCGCCGCAGCACGGGGUCCUCGGCCCCGCCGCCGCCAGCCGGCGCCGCGUGGGGCGGCUUCAAUUUCAUACGGCUCGGCGUCGUCGGGGCCCCCGAUGUGUACCCGCCGCGCCUAGCCGAUGCCAAGAUCACAGCGGCGUCGAGGGGCGGCAGCGGCAGGAGCGCGAGGUUCGAGCGGGCGGCCAGCGCCGUGGAGAAGAGCCUGAGGAAGCAUGGCGCGGGGCUGUUCGGCGACGGCUUCGGAUGUAGGUGCUCGCCCGACGUCGUCGUCGAGCCUGCAGGCUUGCCGGAGGCGGCGAAGAAGAGCGGAGAUGAUGGGGGCGUGAAGAAGAAAGGCCGCAGCGUCCGCCGUAUUAGGAUUUUAGACUGGCUCGAAGAGCUGUCCAUCACCAGGCAGAAGAAGUGAUCUUGUGCAAAGAUCCUUGGUCUCUCUCAGCCGUGUAUGAUCGAGGAAACAUUUAGAUUGAUUGCUUAGAUUUUUCUCGUUUGAUUAACCGGAAUUGCUGAAUUGAAAAAUAUAACUUCGUCUGUACAGAGUUGUCUAUGCUAUUGCUAGGAGGGAUCUGAUCAUUAGAUUUUUCUGGUUUGAUUAACGGGAAAUGCUCGAUUAGAAAAACAA